UCUAUAUUGUUCAUAUACUUCAUGUCGUUGAAAUUGUUUCUGCACGCGGUCGAAUAGCUUUUGUUUCUUGUUUAAAAUCUUUUUAUAAAAAAGUUUGCAAAAGUGUCUCGCGAAAGCGCACCUCGGAAUUAUACAAAUCCUGCUUUGCAGAAAAUUUACACAAAGCUCGAUCGACAAAGCGCAGGAAGUAAAUCAAAAAUGACUCAAUUAUCUACAGCCACCCACUCCCAAGCUUAUAAAGAUAAAACUAAACCUACAGACAUUCGUAGCAGUAAUAUUAAUGCUGCAAAAGCUGUCAGUGAUGCAAUUCGCACCAGUUUGGGUCCUCGAGGAAUGGACAAAAUGAUUCAAGCAGCAAAUGGCGAAGUUACUAUAACAAAUGAUGGAGCAACUAUUUUGAAAGAAAUGAAUGUUGUCCAUCCUGCAGCAAAAAUGUUGGUUGAAUUGUCAAAAGCUCAGGACUCUGAAGCCGGUGACGGAACAACUAGUGUCGUUAUUGUAGCUGGUGCACUUUUAGAAGCUGCAGAUAAUUUGCUGCAUAAAGGAAUCCAUCCAACUUCGAUCAGUGAGGCUUUCCAAAUUGCAGCCACGAAAGCUGUUGAAAUUUUAAUGGAUUUACGUGUAACUGUCAAUUUGUCCGAUAAAGCAUCACUUGUCGAAACAGCUGCUACCUCCUUAAAUUCUAAAGUUGUUUCUCAGCACUCAGGUAUUUUGGCUCCUUUGGCAGUGGAUGCUGUGCUUAAAGUUACCGAACCCGGAAGAGAGAAUUCCGUUGACUUGAAGGACAUCAAAGUGAUUAAGAAACUUGGUGGAACCAUUGAAGAUACGGAACUGAUCGAUGGUCUCGUGUUCACCCAGAAGAGCUCGAACGUCAAUGGACCAAGACGCAUUGAGAAGGCUAAAAUCGGUCUCAUCCAGUUCUGUUUAUCUCCACCUAAAACUGACAUGGAUCACAAUGUCGUUGUCUCCGAUUAUUCAGCGAUGGAUCGUGUCUUGAAAGAAGAAAGAGCCUACAUUCUCAACAUUGUGAAACAGAUCAAAAAGGCUGGUUGUAAUGUUCUCCUAAUUCAGAAAUCAAUUCUUCGUGAUGCCCUAAGUGACCUUGCGAUUCACUUUUUGGACAAAAUCAAGGUCAUGGUCAUCAAGGAUAUCGAACGUGAGGACAUUUCAUACGUUUGCAAAACUCUUGGAUGCAGACCGAUUGCCUCCUUGGAUCACUUUACAGCUGAGAAUCUCUCAAGUGCUGAAUUGUGCGAAGAAGUCGCAACUGGAAAUUCGAAAUUCGUUAAGAUCACUGGAAUCCAGAAUCCAGGACGUACGAUUACAAUCGUGGUUCGUGGAAGUAACAAAUUAGUUUUGGACGAAGCUGACAGGUCUCUGCAUGAUGCUCUUUGUGUCAUCCGUUGCUUAGUUAAGCAAAAGGCAUUGAUUGCUGGAGGAGGUGCACCGGAAAUUGAAUUAGCUCUGAAACUCGCAGCUUAUGCACAAACUCUUGGAGGCGUAGACGGCUAUUGCGUUCGUGCUUACGCAAACGCUCUGGAGGUUAUUCCAAGUACAUUGGCCGAAAACGCAGGUUUGAAUCCAAUUGCCACCGUGACGGAGCUUAGAAAUCGUCACUCUCAAGGGGAAAUCUUAACAGGAAUAAACGUGCGAAAAGGAGCCAUUACCAACAUGUUCGAGGAGAAAGUCUUUCAACCACUUUUAGUGUCCACCAGUUUAAUAACGCUUGCUUCCGAAACCGUUCGCAGUAUAUUAAAAAUUGAUGACAUCAUUAAUACCAUGCAAUAAUUAUAUUUCCACAUUCAGCUUUUUUCGGAUAUUAUUUCAUCACAUUUUCACUGACAAAGUUUUGUUUUUUUUUAUAAUAAACAGUACACAAUAAAGUUAUUUAAAAAAUA